AUAUAGUGAAUUCCCACUGGAAUCUUUCAGUUUUUAUAUGACUUAUCAAAUAGGGACAAUAGGAGCUACAAACUGGAACCCUAAUGCACAACGUAAAUGCACAGAAUAGGAUUAUCCACGAUAUACGCGUAAUGUGCUAUGAUCAUAUUGGCGUGUUUUAACUGGCUUGUUCUCUUUUCUCCACAUAGUAGUUUGUACUGAGUAAAUAUUCAUAUAUUAGUAGCUAUAAUAAAGGCCAAAAUAAAAAGUUUAAGUGAUAUCUGUGUCUGUAACAAACUAAAAUCACCGCCAUGUUCAAUAGACGCCACGAUAAAUGUCGCGAUGGUCGCUGCAUGUGUGUUUCUAGCGUUCAAGCGACUGACGCGUGCGCAUCAAUUCGCUUUGGACGCGCGACUGAAGCGACUGCCCAGUGUGUUUCAGCCUUUAUAUUAUUGCAAUCCAAAUAUGGCGGACGAAGUGAUCGCAACCAUUUUCAAUAUUACAUCUGAAUACCACAAAAAAAUGCGAAUGCGUCGUGAAAGAAGAAAGAAAUAUUUUUUGAAACUGAGAAAGCAGCGAAGUAAAAGAAGGGACGGCCAGUUUUAUUUUUGGUUUAUUGGCGCUCUAGGAAAUAAAUUAAUGAGUGAAAGACGUUUCUGGGUGGAUGCAAGUAAAGGCACCGGUUUGUUCUGGGAAAAAACUAUCGAUUUGUGGAAAGAUGAUGGGUUGUGGCUAGAAAAUUGUCGUAUGUUUAAGGGAACAUUCGAUUUCAUUUGCGACAAGAUCAAUGACACUCUUUUGCGAGAAGAUACAAAUUUCAGAAAGGCUAUCCCUGUGCCAAAAAGAGUAGGAAUUUGUCUUUGGCAUUCGGCUACCAAUGAAGAUUUGCGUUCUUUAGCUUGGCGUUUUGGUAUAGGAAAAAGUACAGCCUGUGAAAUCGUGAACGAGGUUUGCCAAGCUAUUGUUGACGUGUUACUGCGUCUUGUUAUCAAAUGGCCAACGGGCGAUAGACUGCAGAGUAUCGUUGAUGCCUUUCUAACAACAUGGGGCUUCCCUCAAUGCGCUGGAGCCAUUGAUGGCACUCAUAUUCAAAUUGUAGCACCUUCAAAUUCUGCACAAGAUUACUACAAUCGAAAAGGAUUCUACUCUAUUGUUCUCCAAGCUGUUGUUGAUCAUCAAUACAGAUUCACUGACAUUUGCAUAAAGUGGCCAGGUCGAGUCCAUGAUGCAAGAGUUUUGUCAAACUCGGGAGUGUUUGCAAAGCUGAAGCAGGAAAACUUUUCCCAAAUUUUGGGAGGAAAAGAGAUAUGUGGUUGCAAUGUACCAUUCAUGCUUGUUGGUGAUCCAGCAUAUCCACUGUUUCCAUGGUUGAUGAAGAGGCAUCCUAACGAUGGCAAUCUCAGUCCUGCUCAAAAGAAAUUUAAUUACUACAUAAGUCGAGCAAGGCAAGUCGUGGAUUGUGCAUUUGGCCGUUUAAAAAACAGAUUCAGAUGCCUACUUAACAAGAAUUAUACAAAUUUAGAUCAUUUGCGUAAAAUUGCAGCAUGUUGUGUUGUACACAAUAUUUGUGAGAGUAGAGCUGACAAACUUUUUGCAGAUUAUGUUGAACUUAUUCCUGAUGAUGAAAUUUCAGAAUUUGUUUUACAGAAUACAGACACAAGUGCAGAGCAAAUUAGAAAUUCUUUAACUGAGUUUUUGAUAACACAAUAAGCUGAUGAUAGCUAAAUUACUCAUGUUCUUAAAUUAAAUCAAAGUUUGUAA